UCACAUCCGGUUUUGACUUCCCGGUUCUGCUCUGCUCGCAGCUGAGCUCAUAUGGCUAAGCUAACUAGCUUGCUAACUCCUACCUCGCUCACUCAUCAUGAAGACGCCGGUGUGAGACACACAACAACCUGCAUGUCAGCCUCACUUCAUGGGUCGUAGCAACCACAGACAGUCGGUCUACAACGUUUGGACUCCAUGAUCUGACUCAGAAAACUCAGAUUAAUCUCCUCCAGAAUCACAUCCUGAAACAUGGACGACCCAGACAGACCUCAGCGGAAAAUGUCCACAGCAGGGGACAGCCUGUACAAAGUCCUGGGUCUGCAGAAGGGAGCAUCAGCAGAGGAGAUAAAAAAGGCCUACAGGAAGCUUGCGUUGAGACACCAUCCCGAUAAGAACCCCGACAACCCUGAAGCAGCCGAGAGAUUCAAAGAGAUCAACAACGCCAACUCCAUCCUCAGCGACGAGAACAAGCGCGUCAUUUACGAUGAGUACGGCUCCAUGGGUCUCUACGUGGCCGAGCAGUUUGGGGACGAGAGCGUCAAAUACUACUUCCUUAUGUCCAAGUGCUGGUUUAAGGCCCUUCUGGUGUGUUGUGGGAUUUUCACCUGCUGCUGCUGUCUCUGCUGCUGCUGCUUCUGCUGCGGGAAGUGCAAGCCCUCCGAGGAAGAGGAGAACGGAUUCUACGUGGAUCCCGAGGACCUGGAAGCGGAAAUCAGAGAACAGGAGGAUGCACGAGACGCCGUAAUCGUCAUACAGCCGAGCUCUUCUGCCAAUGCUGACGCCUCGGGCGCUGAUGGAGCUGCUGAUGCCGCUGAUGCCGCUGAUGCCGCCUCAGGCGAGGACAAGGCCGUCGUCAUUCAGCCCCACGCCAGCAACGGAGCCAUACAUCUGUCGGUGGAGGACUGAGUGGGUCAGGCUCUUGGUGGUCCUGGUCUUGGCUCCAAGUCUGGAUGGAGUUUUUUUUUUUUUUCCUUUUUUGUUUACAUUACAGCAGUUAUUUUGGAUUUAUUUUUGCUUCCAGCUAGAUAUUUAUCUUUUUAAAACAUGCUAUUUUUGAGGGGAGACCAAAGCCUCGUCUCCUCACGCACUUUAAACGCGUGUCAAAGUGCCAAUGAUGGCCGGAUGUGAACGUGAACGAUGCCAAGCAACUGCAAAAAUGGACUGAACGGCACCAAGAUGGCUGCCACAAUCAAGGCCAAGAUGACUCAAGUGAAGGUGCCAUGUAUUCAGUCUGAUAUGUACAUCAUGAAGUCACUUCCUUUUCCUGUUUGGUCCUGGCCCGUCGAUGCGGCUGUUUGAGACCUUCAAUCCAAAUCCUGUUUUUAUGUCCGUUUUUAUUCCACGUAUACGCAAGAGAAAGCCUUUCAUUUUUAAUCCAAUUAGUUUUAUUUCUUCGAUGUACGUAUAUUAUGUGUUGGACAUCAGCAAUAUAUUGAAAUAACGAGUGUAGAAGGUGAAUGUUUUUGCUUUAUUUGUACUUACGGAUGUAUCUUCAUCCCAACAUUCCCAACGUGUAUCUCUCCUGGAUAAACGUUUUCUGAUGGAAUAAACUCAGGUGUCAUUGA